AUGCCGAGCGAGUUCAGUGACUCGGAGUUGGAUAACUUUAUUGUAACAAGUCAGGAUACUAUUAUCGAUUCCCCAAACAAAGAUGCCGAUUCCACGCGUCCCCCGAAACGACGACGUCUGAACAAUGAUACGAUCACGCGAAAAGCGGCCGAUAAAGCAGAGGAAGAUCAAUCGAGUGAAUAUGGAUCUGAUGACUUGGACAAUUAUCUACCUGCCCCGCGACACUCACGUCAAGAAUCCAGAUUUGACGAGAGCGAAGAUGAACUGCCUUCGAAGUAUAAGAUAUACGUGCCGAAAAAGACGAUAAGCGUUCAAGAAAAUACGUUCGUUUCGCAAACACAGCCACAUUCGAGCCCAUCGCAUAUUCGGGGCCCUCGAUGGAAAAAGCCUGAUAUUCCUGUGCAUGUUGCUCAACAAGUAAUUACUCCGCAAACUACUACCAGGAACGCCACUACUGAAGACGACGAUGAUCUACGAGCGGCAAUAGAAGCCUCACUACAUUCCUUUGAAGAAGAGCGCGGAAACCGGUCAAGCUCGAUUUCUAAACCUGAUAUUCCUGCACAAAGAGGGUCAAACGCCACACAGACAGCAGCUCCUAUACAACAAGAAACGAGCUUUGAUCUGGAUGAUAUCCCGGAGGAUGCAUUCGAUUCCUCUCCUUGUCUGUCACCUCAAACCGGACCUACAACGUCUACCUUCUCAACCCGUCAGAUUCAGUCACAACGAACUAAUCUCCGACAGACAACUCUCUUUCAACUAGCCACACGAGACUCGACCCAAGCAAUCCGUAACGUGUCCCCGCCGCCGAGAGAUGAGCCACCAACACAUCACAAAUUAGAUCAAAAUGAACUGAACACUUGGGUCUAUCCGACUAAUAUCGGCACGGUCAGGGACUAUCAAUUCAAUAUAUCACAAAAGGGACUUUUUUACAAUCUUUUGGUGGCUCUGCCUACUGGUCUUGGAAAGACAUUCAUUGCGGCUACGGUCAUGUUGAAUUGGUUUAGGUGGACAAAGGAUGCGCAAAUAGUUUUCACUGCCCCGACUAAACCCUUGGUUUCGCAACAAGUCGCCGCCUGUUUGGGUAUUGCAGGUAUACCUCGCUCUGACACGACGCUUUUGACGGGCAACGUUCCCCCUGGCACUCGUGCGGAAGAAUGGCAGACCAAGAGAGUCUUUUUCAUGACACCACAAACCUUGAUAAACGACCUGAAAACAGGAAUUGCAGACCCCAAGAGGAUCGUUUUGUUGGUCGUCGACGAAGCUCAUCGGGCCACCGGUGGGUACGCUUAUGUUGAAGUUGUCAAGUUUCUGCGACGGUUCAAUCAAAGUUUUAGAGUGCUGGCACUGACUGCUACUCCUGGCUCUACUGUAGAGGCAGUCCAAGCCGUUAUUGACGGGUUGGACAUAGCUCGAGUCGAGAUUCGUACCGAGCAGUCUCUUGAUAUCAGACAGUAUGUCCAUGCACGCAAUGUCGAUGUACAAACUUUUACAAAUUCCGAAGAGAUGAGCCUUUGCAUGGAUCUUAUGUCCAAGGCGUUGCAACCAAGUGUCGAUCAGCUGCGGAAUAUGAACGCAUAUUGGGGACGAGACCCAAUGAUGCUCACUGCGUUUGGUCUGACCAAGGCACGACAACAGUGGAUGGCAUCUGAUGCAGGUCGAAAUGCAAACUUUGGUCUGAAAGGCAAAGUCAAUGCUCUUUUCACUGUGCUUGCUAGUCUAGCACAUUCUAUCGACUUGCUAAAGUAUCACGGCAUUGUCCCGUUCUAUAACCAUUUGGUAUCAUUCAAGUCGAAUACAGAUGGCCAGAAAGGCGGCAAGACUCAGCGCGCUCUAGUUCAAGAUGAUAAUUUCAAAAAGCUUAUGGAUCAUCUUCAACCUUGGUGUCGGGAUACUGAAUUCAUCGGACACCCAAAGCUGGGCUAUCUGAGAGAAUUAGUACUUAAUUACUUCAUGGACAAUGGAGAAGGCACAGAAGAAACCAGUGGAACAUCAAACACGAGAGUCAUGAUCUUUGCCCAUUUUCGUGACAGUGCCGAGGAGAUUACGAGGGUUUUAAAGCGACAGGAGCCCAUAAUUCGUCCACAUGUCUUCGUAGGACAGGCCAAUGCCAAGGGUUCCGAAGGUAUGGAUCAAAAAACCCAACUAAGUGUCAUUGAAAAAUUCAAGAAUGGUACAUACAAUACUAUCGUUGCCACAUCAAUUGGUGAGGAAGGUCUGGACAUCGGUGAGGUGGACCUCAUUGUAUGUUAUGAUUCCUCUGCCAGUCCGAUCCGAAUGUUGCAAAGAAUGGGCCGUACUGGACGAAAACGUGCUGGCAAUAUCAAACUGCUGCUGAUGCAAGGAAAGGAGGAAGAAUCAUAUAUCAAAGCGAAAGAUAACUACGAAAAGAUGCAAGAGCUCAUCGCUAGUGGCACUCGGUUUGAGUUUCACGACGACAAAUCGGCACGCAUCUUGCCUAAGGAUGUGAGGCCGACAGUGGACAAGCGAGUGGUUGAAAUUCCACUUGAGAACUCACAGGCAGACCUGCCUGAGCCGAAGAAAAAGGGACGUGCACCUAAACGACCUCCUAAGAAGUUCCAUAUGCCGGAUGGAGUCGAAACUGGAUUCACAAAAGCCUCGCGUAUUGGUGAAGAAGGUGGUGAUAUCCGCAGUAUGCUACAAAAAAGCAGUGCGAAAAAGAUAGAGCCAAAGAAGCGAAAAACACCACCUAAGCCUGUUGCAGUCGUCAAAGUUCCAUUAUGCGAGGAAGUGACAUUGACACCAGAAGAAGAACGCGAACUGGAGAUUAGAUAUCGCAAUAUCGGAGGCACAGCACCUCAAUUCAUCUGCCAACCACGUAAUGACGCAUUUCCCAGUUUACAGCGAACUCAUAGACCGACGAAGUUGGUACCACAUGGAUCUUUCACACGACGAAUGGUUGUUGCUCUGCAGAAGAUGGAAGCCACCUUGCCUGAUUGCGAUGAAAAAUAUGACUCUAUUAUUGCGAGCAUCCGACGAAAUGCCAAUGCAUUACCGAUAAAACAGGUUUCAACUGUUUCCAACAAGAAGUCUAGAAAACCCACAACGUCUGAGGCUCCAAAACCCACGAAGAACAAUGUAGUUCGACGAGUCAACAGCCCGUCACCUCCACGUCAAACGAAGCCUGCUUUGCCCGAUUCUCCUUUGAUGUGUACGCCGUAUGCCGAUGAAAAUAACGAGGAUGACCACAAACCUUUCUUUGUCUCUCAAAUAAGUGGUAUGGAUGCUUCAGAUAUUGAUUUAUCAGAUAUUGAAACGCUUGCCCGGGAAGUUGAUUCAGCUCCCUCCAGAAAGUCCAAAUCUAGACCGACAGUGAUUGAUAGUGAUGAUGAUGGCGACCACGAUGAUAAUUUCAAUUUCUUCGGCAUAUGA